AUGGUGAAAUUCCUCUUGAAAAUGUUCCAUCCGAACGUCUAUGCAAAUGGCGAGCUGUGUCUCGACAAACACCAAGUUCUGUCUUUUGCUCAGCGUCGUCGGCGCGGGCUCCGCAAUCAUCCAUUUCCAGGAACUGCUGUUUGGAUCAAUACUUCUGAUCUGGACAACGCUUAUUUAUCUGCUCAACAUCCAUUCCAAGAGGGAAGUGAUCCGGCGAGUUUGGGACGAGAGUCUUUGUGUGCUGUGAGUCUCAAUGCGUGUUCUGUUCUUGUGACGAUAUCUUACUCCAAUGGUUUUAGGAUUUUGGGCAUGCCCGAGUACCGGAUGGCCAAAGGGAAGCGCUUGCAAUGGUGGGAAGAGGUUCCGGGAGCGCCUUGUCUGGUCAAUUUUGAAGGAACUCAUGGGGAACGACUGGUUGAGAAUGUGCGACUAUUUGAGGGGCUUGGUGCGGAGAGGUACGGCCGAGCUGCAGGCCAAGCGGGCCACCGGGCAGACCCAAAAGCGCUCGCAAUACAGAGCGUUAUCCGGAGCGAGUUCACCGGGCCCGACUGUUUCUGGAAGCCGCAUAAUGCGGCUGAUCUCGUCGGCGUGACCACCUUCUUCGGCCGCGCCGAUGUCGUCCCGUUCCCGUUCACGGUGGUCUUCAAGUAUGACCAACGGCCCGUGGAUCCCGUCUGUAUCUCCACCCCCGCUGACCUGCGCGCAUCUGUUGCCCAGAACCAGAACACCCAGGUCCAGAUGCGGCGAAAGGUGCGUCUGGUCUUACGCGCACUAGAGAAUAAAAUCGUCUUUGCCCCGAUCUCGGUACCCUGGGAGGCCGUCCUGCAAGCUACCUCAAAGAAUAGACGAUGGCCAUGGUGGCUCCAGGGCGCGCGCUCGGACGUCCAGUUCCGUAGCGGAGUGCUGAGGAUCCAUCGGAACUGCCAGAACGAAUAG